GUGCCGCACUUCCACGGAGACGCUGGCGUAUGACGUCAUCCGCCCCGGUCCAGGAGUUCGCGCUGUCUCGCCGACUCCAGCUAAGUCAAGAUGCACGUGUGCUGGUGGCGGCUGAUCGUGGCGAUGGUGGCGCUGCCGUUGGUGGCGGGCGUGGUCAUCAUCCUCAUGUGCUUCGUCUGCUGCCCGCUGCUGUGGAAGGAGAUACCCAACACGGCGCAGAGCGACUACUACCGCACGCCGCUCUACGUGGUGGGAGUGUUGGCGCUGUGGGUGCUCUUCGCCAUCGGCAUCUUCUUCCUCUGGUGGCGCCGCAAGCCCAAAGUGAUCGUCGACGAUUCCACUGACAUGAUCGUCGACGAGCCCAUCAAAGUGAUCUUCGACGAGCCCAUCAAAGUGAUCGUGGACGAGCCCAGCAAACUGAUCGUUGACGAGCCCACAAAACUGAUCGUCGACGAGCCCACCAAAGUGAUCGUCGACGAGCCCAGCAAGGUGAUCGUCGACGAGACCACCGUGCUCCCUGCCGCCGAGGCGUGACGGCCCGUCCACUUGCCGGUGCCUCCGAGACGCGACGUAUGUCUGUGACAUCAAUGAGGCCACUUUGUCACGUUGUGGUAGACCACUGGGAUGUACAUCUCUCCUGGAAAGCGACCUUUAUAUUGACGAUCCAGCAUUACACGGAACAAAUCUCCACAUUACUCUGCAUGUUUUCAGCUGACACACAGGUGUUUGUACCUGUGGCUCCAGUUGCGAUUCGUGCUAUGCGAAAAUAUUUUGUCGAUGCGGAGCUUCUCUUGCUACAAACAGUGCAAAGAGCGCGAAAACACUGAGGGGAAGGUCUUUCCAACUCGGACGAUUUACUCAGUUGUAUGGCACCCCAUACUGUACCCAAAUAUGAAGAAAAUUCUCUCUAA